AUGUAUCGGAAGUUGUCUAAGUUAGAACACUCGGAAAUAAAACAACUUCUUACAGAAGCUAAUAUAGAUGUUGCAAAGCAUUACGCAACAAACAAAAAAGCACUCGCUGACAUCCUCAAUGACUAUAAUGGUGCAAUAAGUUAUGAUAGAAUUCAUGAGUUCAUAAAGCCGCAACGCGGCGAGGACGAAGUCCAUGCAAGAGCAUUUCCUUUAAAUGACAUUGCUAUUGACUUAUAUCAUAGACGUUCAGUACCUCAUGAAGUAAGAAGAGAGAUGUUUGACAUAACAAAUGCAAACGUUGGUCAUACUCGUAAAGCUCUUUCGCAUGAAGUAAGAAGAGAGAUGUUUGACAUAACAAAUGCGAACGUUGGUGAAACACGAAAGAGAGAUGACACACUGAAACAACAGAGAAGAGAGAUGUUUAAAAGUGCUAUAGAACAAGUUCGCAAAGCUAACGAUGUCAUUCGUUCCAUUGACGACAAACCAAAAGAAGGUGAGAGAUGGUUAAAGAAAGAUGAAGAGAAUAGGAAGAGAAAUGUGAAGUCAGGCAAUAGACUCAUUGACUUUAACAUCGAAGCUUUAGAUGAACCAAACAGAGACUACUUACACAAACAUUUUGGUAAGGUUUUCAUGAGACUCUUAGAGAAAAUUAAAAUAAACUCCCAACAGAGAUGGAUGGUAUGUUAUAAACUUGGUGGAAAGUAUGAAUGUUCUACGUUAAACCUCAAUAAUAUUGGAACAUUACUACAUCAGCUCUUGAAGGAGAACUUUAUAUCAGAGAUAGAAGCAAAUGCCGCAGGUAUUGUUGAAAUGCACUAUGACUUCUUCUUGACAAACAUAAAGAAUCUUACCGAAAUAAAGAUGUAUGAUUUAACAGAAUAUGAAGGCUUAACGAUGUCAGAUGUAAAGAAAGGCAAACCAAAAAAGAGACCAUAUAGAGAUGAAAGCACACUGACAAAUGACCAGAAAGCCAUUUUGGAAGCUCUUAAGCAAACAGGAAACCCAGCACUUAUAGAAAGCUUUUGGAAAGAUAAUGGUGAAAAGAAGUUUUAUAAGAAGAGAAGCG